AUGAUCGCACACGGCAUUCUGAGAUAUGGCUUUGUGUUCACCGCCGUGGGUACGGUGGUGGCGGACGCCGACGCCGCCUUCCCCUUCCUGGACGACGGCUACUGUGCCUCGAGCCAUGCGGAAGCCUUUGACGGUUCGAUCGACAUUGCUUCCAUGGACUGCGCCGAGAUCAUGGAGUUUGUGUACAUCUCCAGGUGGAAGCUUUGGCAGCAGUUGGACCAAGAGUUGGCGGAGGUGAACCAAAGUUCGGUCGCUGCAUCCUCUCUGAAGAUCUUGCGUCGUAGUUCAAAAGCUUCCUCUUUGGCCUCUGCACAUGUGCACAUUAUCACGGCGGUGGCCUCGCAGCGGUCCGAGUGCUUCUCCGAGCAUGUGCGACUGCUGCUGACGGUGAGCCUGCGACGGAUGAAGACCCUGUGCACGCAGCAAGUGAAACAGCUGUGGUUCGCCAGCCAGGAUGGCUUUACACAUGAGUCCGACCAUCAGAUGCGACUGAAGAGUUGGCUCUCGGAGGCCACGGGGCUCUUGGAGGCCGAUCUCCGGACCUUGAAGACGGUGCUGCAGACCUGGACGGCGCCCAGCUUGGCGGAGAGCCGCUUCUACUCCCAUGAGGCCGAUGGAAGAUAUAGCACCAUGGAAGCCUUGCGCCGUGACACCUUUGAGGAGUAUCAGCUCGACAAAGGUUUGCUGCAGGGAAUGCUACGGAUGCUCCCCUUGGAUGCCGUGGUGGCAGACUUUGGAGCUGGCUCCGGUCAAUAUUCCAAGUGGCUUAAUGACACAGGUCUCGUGACGGCGCUGGCCUUCGACGGCUCUCCGGACAUCCAUUUGGUGACGAAGGGCGCGGUGGCGCUGGCCGAUCUGGGACAGCCUUUGAGCUUGUGGAGAAGGUUCGACUGGUCCUUGUGUAUCGAGGUGGCGGAACAUUUGCCUACGAAGCUCACCCCGACCUUUCUGGCCAAUUUAGAUAAGCACACGGAGCAGGGCUUGAUCAUCACCUGGGCACGUCCGGGUUUGCAGGGCCUGGGCACUGCCAAUCCGUUGACUCAGGAUCAAGCUUUGGAGCUCAUCCGAGAGCAUACAGGGCUCAGCCACCUGGACCAGGAGCUGACCGCUGCUCUUCGCGCUUCAGCUUCCAUACCGCACAUCGCCGACACGCUCCUGGUCAUGGUGCGACCCGGUUCCGCCGGGGCGGCGCCAACGUCCGAUGCAGCUCCUGCGUGUAAUGCUGAGCAUGGCUGGAUCUAUGCGGGGAACGAUGUACAGAUGUUUACGGCUGUGAAGUCCGCAUCUGCCUGCUGCGAGCUUUGCAACAGCAAUGAGAACUGCCGCUUUUGGACUUGGUCCCGGGAAGAGAGCCACAAGGAGUUCUGUUGGAUCAAGGCUACGCGUGAGUACCGUAUCAGCCAUGCUGGAUUUAUCUCUGGCACUCGUGACAGUGAUGCGGCCCUGGCGAACCUGGUCAGCCUGGUCUCCCCACGGCCGUGGCAGAACGCGUUAGCGUCCCUGAAGAGCUGCUUGGAAGAGGAGAACCAGCGAGGAGACACGCCGGGGGGGUCAUCCUCUGUCCGGUCUACAGAGUGGCUCAGAGUGCGGCUCAGCUCCAGCACGACCAUGGGGCCUGUGGCUCAGUUCAAUGUUCACAAGAAGAAGAUGUGUAAGCGCGCGAUUGCGGGCUCAAGCGACUGGAAAGACAAAGAGGAUAAGACCGUGGAAGCCUUUCAGUCCUGGGACACCGAUGGGAAUGGAUUUAUUGGUGAGGAGGAGUUGGCAGAUGUUUUAGCCAAAAUGGGCUGCGAAGUCUCUAGCAAGGAUCUUCAGAUCAUGCUGAAGAACGCCGAUGGGAACAAGGAUGGAAAGAUCGCCUAUGAAGAGAUGGUCCACUGGAUUUGCCGCGCACCCGAUCUGGAGGUUGGCAAAUUGACUUUGAAACACAUGUAUUGUUUGUAUCGGUUGCAUUCAUGUUUCUUUGGACUGGAAUCUUGGGGUUCUAGAGCCCAAAGAUCUGACCAAAAAGGGAUCAAUAUAGGUUGGCAAUCCGAAUUGAAGGUCUAUUUCAUGCUCUCAUCGGACCUCUUCAAAGAGAGUGUGAAGCAGUUGGAACAGGAGCUGCAGAUCCUCAAGCGAAGCUUGGAGUCGCAGGAGGACGCUCAGGAGCUCAUGAACCAGAAGCUGACCAUGUUGCAGACCACAGCCAAAGCCAAGAUGCAGGAGAAACUCACUCCAGUGAUCAAGAGGAGUUUUUCCUAUCACGACAAGGACAACAGCGGAGCCUUAACGUAUGACGAAAGCAUGAUUUUCUUCUCUAACUUUGUCGCGCUCUACGAGCCCUUCAUGGAAACCAUCUCGAAAUUGAGCACGUUUCAACGCAUGACAGUCCCAAGCACUUCCACUGCUGCCCCUCACGAGUUGCAUAAUGAGUUUUUGAAGCAAUACACCAUUUUAAAGGACCAUCACCUUGAGAAUAUCGAUUCACAUCACAAGGCUGCUUUCGAGUGUCUCUGUCGAGAGGGGCAAAUUCGCGAAGAUGAUUUGGUGGAGGCGCUACUUCAUGGUCAUCCCAAAAACCGAGAGUUUCUCGAAGCCCUUGGACUCCUGGCCACCUUGGGAGAUAUGGAGUCCAAGCUCCAAGACAAGGGUGAAACCUUGGCAAAAAUCGAGCAAUCUGCAACGAUCAUCGACGAGGGCUUCGUGGAUUGCAGCAUUCUUUAGAUUGCUCCGCGCAAUGUUCGCGGUGCGAAUUCCUGCCAUCGAAGCACGCAAUGAAGUGCCGAA